AUGGAGAAGGCUUGUGUGAUAGAAGAUGCUACAGGCCAAAGAAUGUUUGAAGUUAAGAUGGCAGGGAGGAGUUUUUCACUCAAUCCAAUGCAUGAAGAACAAAUUGAAAGCACUAUGAAGAUUCAAUCAUCAAUUGAGAUGGCUGAGCAUGUGAAGGUUGAUGCAGGGCUGAGAGAAUUAAAACUGGAGUCAACCUUACAGAAAACAACUGCAGAACUUUUAGAGUUGAAAGCUCGCCAUUUGAGCAUGGAAAUAGAACUCCCAGCCAUGUCGCGAAUGAAUGACGAAUUGAAAUAUGAAAUGGCUAAGGCAAUGGCGAGCCAAUUUGAUUCGGAGAUGAGGCUGAUAAAGGCCACUACAGAAGUCACAGAACUAAAAGAAAACCACUUGGAUAAGGAGACACAACUGCAAAGCAUUAUGGAUGAUAAUGAACAGCUAAAAUCGGAGCUCAAGAGAGAUAGAGAGCAUCAGGAGAAUUAUGUUGCAACCAUAUUGAAUGUUGAGAGUGCAAAAGCUGCAGAACAAGAAGCACUGAUGAAACUAGGUGUUCUCAAAGGGAAGGCUGAAAAGAAUAACAAGAAGGCAACAAAGGUUUUGGAGCAACUUGAGGCUGCUCAGACAGUGCAAUCAGAGAUGGAGGCUGAGCUGAGGAGGCUUAGGGUGCAGUCAGAUCAAUGA